UGCAGCGUUCAUUUGCAAAAUGGCUGACCACAGGGAAAGGGAUUCAUACUAUUCGCAAACGGAUUUACGAUCAAAAAAUGAUGAUCCACCGAAUUCACGUUUAUUUGUUAUAUGUCAUAAAAGUUUGGAAGAAGACGACCUCAGAAAAGCUUUUGAAAAAUUUGGAAAGAUCGAAGAUAUUUGGGUAGUUAAAGAUCGAAUUACAGGGGAAAAUAAAGGAGUUACAUACAUUAAAUUUUCGAAAACGUCAGAGGCAGCUUUUGCCCUUGAAGAAAUGAAUGGAAAAAUGUUGGGUUCUGUUGGAAGACCUAUUAAAGUAAUGAUUGCUUCAAAUCGUGAUCAAGGAUCUGUUAGAGAGACGAAUGAAGAAGAAAGGUGGGUUCGUCUAUUUUGUGUAUUACCCAAGUCUAUGACAGAUAGUGAACUACAGCAAGAAUUUUCAAAAUUUGGACCAAUUGAAUAUGCAACAGUGGUUAAAGAUAGAAAUACAAAUGAAUCAAAAGGAUUUGGUUAUGUGAAAUUUAAAAAAGUAUCUAGUGCAGCAAGAGCAUUUGAAGAAUGUGAUAGAAAAUAUAAAGCUGUAUUUGCCGAACCAAAAAAACCAAAACCUGAACACAUUGAUGUAAAAUAUAAUAAUGGACUAUCUUCUCAUUAUGAUGGUGCUGGUGGAGGUUAUAGUUCAUCAAACUUUGGAAAGAGCAGUAUUAGUUUAGAAAUUGCUACAAAUUAUCCAAAUUCUGAAGGUUAUACUCAUUUGCAAGUAAUUGCACAUCCAGCAUUGAAUCAAGAUCAAUUAUGGAAAUUGUUUGAUAUUGUACCUGGGUUAGAUUAUUGUCAUUUAAAAAAUGAUGUAAGGUAUAGAAUGCCAAGAGGUCAAGCUGUUGUAGUUUAUUCUAACCCUAGUGCAGCAGCAUAUGCAAGAGAAAAAUUUCAUGGUUUUGAAUAUCCUCCUGGUCAUAGGAUGAUAGUAAAACCAGAUUUAUCAAGUGCACCACCAAAAAGUGCAAUAAAACCUGGAAGUUCUGCAGGUGGAAUUGCUAGUGCUAGGACAGAUUUAGCACAUUUAGCUGAAACUAUUGCUCAAGCUACGUCUUUAAUUCAAGCUGCAGGAUUAACAGCACCAAAUUUAGAGCAUUCAAUGUGUGUUAAAUUACCACCUGUGCAACCAAUGGCUAGUAUAGAUGCAGAGGUUGCUAAAAGGUGCUUCAUUGUAUGUGGACCUCCAGUACCUCCCAUAUAUGCUAUGAAGGAUGCUUUCUGCAGAUUUGGAAAUCUUAUAGAUGUCUACAUGCUUCCAGGAAAAAAUUGUGGUUAUGCAAAGUAUGCUAGUGUGCAAAGUGCAAAUGAGGCAAUUGAUGUUUUACAUGGACAAGAAAUUUGUGGAUCUCGACUAAAGGUAUUAGAAGCAGAAGAACGCAACGUCGGUGAAGAUCGUAGAAAACGACUACGAACGGACGAAGAUGAAAACUAAAUUUUUUUUGUAUACCUCACUGACUGGUAUACACAAGCUGGACGCACGCAAUAAAAGAGACGAAUUUUAAGACUCACUUGACCACGUCGGGCCCGCAUCCAAGGAAACUACUCCAACUACCUACUUUUAACUACCGCUUACGUUCGCGAUUUCAACGUUACUGAAACUUUAACGCUACUUUACUUUAUCCUUACAUGUCGUUACACGUACACCUGACUUCCUGGUUUUAUUAUUUUAAGAGGCCUGUGCGAAAAGUGAUCUUAAAGAUUCAGUUUAAGAAUAUGUAAGACACAAAAUUAGUUAAAUUUGGAAUUUCUUCCUUUAGCACAAGGAAGUAUAUGAUGCAAUGUGUACU